AUGGGCUGCGCCGUGAGCAGCACCGGCGAGAAGGAGGCCGCCGAGCGGUCCAAGAAGAUCGACAAGGACCUCCGGGCUGAUGGCGAGCGCGCCGCCAGUGAGGUCAAGCUACUGCUGCUCGGUGCUGGGGAGUCCGGCAAGUCCACGAUAGUGAAACAAAUGAAAAUCAUCCACGAGACCGGCUACAGUAAGGAAGAAUGCGAGCAAUACAAACCCGUGGUAUACAGCAACACGAUACAGAGUCUAAUGGCGAUAAUCAGAGCCAUGGGGGAGCUUAGAAUCGACUUCGCCGAUCCCAAUAAAGCGGACAUGGCGCGGCAAUUUUUCACCCUAGCCUCGGCGGCGGCGGAGGAGGGCCAGCUGACCGGGGAACUGGUGCUGUUGAUGAAGCGGUUGUGGCAGGACGCGGGAGUGCAGCUCUGUUUCACGCGUAGCAGGGAAUACCACAUCAACGACUCGGCAGCGUACUACCUUAACGCACUUGACCGCAUUGCGCAGCAUAAUUACAUCCCGACGCAGCAGGAUGUUCUGCGAACGCGCGUCAAAACCACCGGUAUCGUGGAGACGCACUUCUCCUUCAAGGGCCUACACUUCAAAAUGUUCGACGUCGGCGGCCAACGGUCUGAGAGAAAGAAGUGGAUACAUUGCUUCGAAGGCGUGACCGCGAUCAUCUUCUGCGUCGCUCUGAGCGGCUACGACUUGGUGCUGGCGGAGGACGAGGAGAUGAAUCGUAUGGUGGAAUCGAUGAAGUUGUUCGACUCUAUCUGUAACAGCAAGUGGUUCGUCGAGACGUCGAUCAUUUUGUUCCUGAACAAGAAGGACCUGUUCGAGGAGAAGAUCACUAGGAGCCCGCUCACCAUCUGCUUUCCGGAGUAUAAGGGCGCCAACACGUACGAGGAAUGCGCCUCUUACAUCCAGAUGAAGUUCGAGAAUCUCAACAAGCGGAAGGAUCAAAAGCAGAUCUACACGCACUUCACCUGCGCCACCGACACGUCCAACAUACAGUUCGUGUUCGACGCCGUGACCGACGUGAUAAUCAAGAACAACUUGAGUAAUUGCGGAUUGCUAAGUUAAACAUUCCAAUGCUCGGCCAGCGAGCCCAACUUACCGACGACGUGGGGAAGGAAAGGGGAAGAAGUAGUAACGUAUUUCGCAAUGAACGCCGAGAGACAAACGUAGGUCGCGAAUCUUCGCGAGACGGCAAGAACAAACAAGAGACUGAUCGGAAGUUUCGCAGAACCCCGUGUCCGUGUUCCGUACAACACGAAUACGCGUCAAUUAUGUGAGAAUUUUACUCACAAAAAAAAUAGGCUCUUGGAAUAUUUUACUGUCGUGUAACUUUUCACUUGGUUCUACUGGGUUUUCGAUUUGUUUUUAUCUUCUCUUUGUACGACGUAAGUACACAUCGGAAAUGUCAAUACGAGUGAUAUCGUUAUUUAAUUUCUCGAUUUUACAUUGAUGAUCGUUUCCCGUUAUCGCCAGAGAUUAUUUUUUUUUACGCACUGUCCACAAUGUCAAGCAGUUCUUUGCGGAAAAUUGUAUAGUCGUACUUUCGUGAGCUUCAAUUGAACGUUACGUCCAGAUCUACAACAAGUGUAGUAAGCCUUGAGUUUUUUGCUCUGAGCAACAAAAUGUAAUGUAAUUUCUAAUUAAAGACGUUUCCCGCGCUGCCAAGAGUCAUAAUGACCCUUCAGUCUUAGCAAUUACGACGUCUGGAAACGCUUCUUGCUAGAAAUUGCAUUGAAAGUUAGUACUUGGAGCAACAGGCUGAAGGCUUACCUGUACUAGGGCGCGGCAAUAAUCAAGUUUAUUUCUCAAAACGAAGUAUUAUUUUCCUAGAAAAAAAAACGAACGAUUCGAGUUCGUUUCGGAUAUUGCGUGGAAAAGAAGAAAAUAAUGGCAAUAAUGGCGAAACGACUAGCGAAAUGUCGAGUAUCCGUUUCAAUUCAGAUGAAAUUCGUGCGAGUGAAAAGUUAUUUCAUUUUUGCUAAAUGUAUUUAAUUUUACUAACCAGGAGCUAGUUAGCUAUUAAUUUUAGUGUAAUAUCUCUUUGUAUAUAAUUUAUUCACUAAAAGCGACUCUCUAUGUACUGAGGGUGGAAACACCCUUCCGCCCCUCUUGUUCAUGAUCCAUUCGCGCUGCAAAAAAAAGAAAUUCGCAUCUGUUUUUCUUUCUCCCUCUCUCUCUUUCUCUGUUUUCUUCAACGAGGGACACAGCUCUCUGUGUACUUCUAUUGUGACGGUAUAUGUAUUUAUACGGAUUCGGUUGGAAAAGCCAACUUUUGUACAAGCUUGAUUUUUCUCUUUUUUUUAUAUAUAUAUAGAUAUACACGUAUUAUUAGGAGAUAUAAACGGGAUUCCCCCGGUUCUCAUUUUUUUCACGAUUUGUCAAAAGGAUGAAAAGACGAGGUUAGUACAAGACGCCGAAAAAUCAAACACUUUAUACAACUUAGAUCAAUAAACGAAAUUUCUUUUUUAAA